UUGCCCGAUAGUCUUAAAUUAGUUGUAUAGUUACUUGGUUCGUGGAUCUUAUAUAACAUUUUAUAGUCUAUAAUAUGUGUCGAACUAUAUUAAUACUUGUGUUAUAUGUAUUAAGUCCCCUAACUAGCAUAGCAACAGAAAACAAUGAUCUGCGCUUGCAAUUAUUAAAAGAACAAAGGUUACCACAAAAUGACAUACGUUUACAAUACCAUACAGAAGUUAAGCAAAAUCUUAAAAAAAACCCACCAACAAAUGAAAAUAUUACUUUGUUUAAAUAUUUAGACAGUGAAUAUUAUGCUCAAGUGAGAGUUGGUAAACCCGGUCAAAUUUUUAAUGUUAUUUUUGAUACUACCUGGGGGGACAUGUGGAUUCCUUCGAAACUAUGUUCCUCGAAGGUUGACCCCAUAUGUGCACACAAAACUAAGUACGACCCUGACGAAUCUUCGACUAAUAUACCUAUUAACUCUGAACCAUUCAAUGUAUCGGGAUUGAUUGGUAAUUUAACAUGCGACACCGUAAGAUUGGCCCACUUGAACGUAUCGGAUUUAGUUUUCGCCGAAAUAAGGCAGUUUCCAAAUAUUUCGGACUAUCGAACGAUGUACGCCGAUGGAAUUAUCGGCUUGGGGUACAAUAAUUUAGCACAAAUAGAUAGCGUCCCAUUUUUUUAUAAGCUACUCCAAGAUCGAAAAAUAGAAAAACCCAUUUUCUCGCUGUACUUAAAUCGAGAUAUAACCACAAAGAAAGGCGGAAUCAUAUUUUUAGGAGGAAUUGAACCUAAGCAUAUUGACGGUGCCAUGACGUACGUGCCAGUAACAAAAAAAGGAUACUGGCAAUUUCAAAUGACCCAAUUUACAAUCAUAAAAUACAAUGUUAAGGAGAAAAACAAACUGUAUUACUCGUUUUGUGAUACUCCUUGUCAAGCAGUAGUGGAUAGCAGCACCAACAAAAUAGGUGUGCCCGAAGAGCAAUGGGUCGCGAUAAACGAUAGAAUAGGUGCUACACUUUACGACCAAGAACGUUAUUCAGUGGAUUGUAGUAAAGUUAAUAAAUUACCUAUACUUACUCUGAAUAUUGGCGGUAGAAAUUUUACUGUAAAACCGAGGCAUUACAUACAAAAAGUUGAAAAUACUAAAGCUAAUAUGGCAUGCUUAACGACUUUUGUAAAAACAGAAUUGCCUCAAAAUACAUGGACAUUGGGUGGAGGAUUUUUGUCUAGUGUUUAUACGACGUUCGAUUUAGAACAAAAUCGAAUAGGUUUUGCGAAUUUGGCAUCCGGAUAGAACACUGUUAAUACAAAUUUGGUGUUUAUUUGAAGUAGACAAAUGAAAAUAAAUAUACAACACUAUUGAAACAAA